AUGCAACGAAGAGGAGCUGACAGAGAACUCACAGAAUUAGAAAUGGCAACCACAGCAGGACUACUUUUGGCUUCACUCUUGCUCUUGAGAACCAGCCUGCCAUGUUUUUCUGUAUAUAACAGUGGUGAAUGCUUCUUCAAUACUAAAGGGAGUUGUGAACACCUGGGGCAGAUCUAUGGGAUUGGAGAGAGCUGGAUGACCAGUGACUGCUACCAGUGUGUCUGCAUGGAGCCUUUUGGAGUGGGAUGCUGUGAUCAUGGAUAUAAACCUGUGGACUACCCAGACUGGUGUGAGAUCAUUCGCAGACCUGACUCUUGCACUAGUGUUGCAGUGAUGAGAAUGAAUCAUAAACUGCCCUGCCUCUGGGGACAAGGCCGGCUCAGAACAGCAGGACAGCCAUGGAAAUCUGACAAUGAUCCUUUAUUUUAA